ACCUGGCUCCAUAUAGUUCGUAAUCUACUGCAAAGCACACAAAGACAUAACCAGUCUCAGGCACAAAACCACCGACUACCCAUCCUUCUAUCCACACAACUCUUCCCCACAUGUACAGAUGCACAAGUCGCCAAGUACCUUCCACCAUUGGCUCUAAACGAGCGGAGAGCCAUCUGACUUGUGGGGUCGCACAACUCAGGCCUAUCUGCACAGAGGACUUGGCAAUAACUUGUAUCGGCAGAUGGGUAAAGUCGCUGCUUGCAUUCAGCCCACACUGGGCAAAUGAUCUUCGUGGUAUAAGGCAAAACGAACGGCGUCGCUUCGACCACGCUCCCGCUGUAGGAGAACCUAGCUUUCCACCUGCCUUGCCCUGUUUUCAUCCACAAACUUUUUGACCAUGUCUGAUAACAAUGGUUACACGUGGCGCGACCACUCGCGCUUGUUCCUUGCGUGUGGUGUUGUGAUCCUUAGCCCGUUCCAGUAUGGGUUCGAUUUCGGUAUGAUUGGAGGCUUGCAGGCUAUGGUCGGGUUUCUCAAGAUAUUCGGAUAUCAAACCGACAAGACACCUACGGGAUGGAAUAUUGAUACAGAAAGACAGCAGCUCAUCUCCUCUCUUAUGACGCUGGGAGCUUUCAUCAGCUCCGCUACUGCUGGUGUUCCAUCCACCCGCUUUGGACGACGCAUGUGUCUGGUCGCGGCUUGCAUUACUUGCUUUAUGGCCAAUAUCAUGAUGAUGGCUACGGAAAACAUCGGAGCCCUCUACGCUGGUCGUCUCAUUAUUGGUCUCGCGAACGGCUACUUCAUGACCUUCUCACAACUAUACCUGCAAGAGAGCAGUACGGCGGAACUUCGUGGCGUGUUUCUGACAGGUUUCAACUUCUUCGUCUCCUUCGGGACACUGAUUGGCACCAUCAUUGACUGGGCCACCGCGAAACGACCAGACAAAUCCGCCUACCUUAUCCCGCUCGGUCUUAUUUACGUGUUUCCCCUGAUCAUCAUCUGCACGAUAUGGUUCAUCCCGGAGAGCCCGCGUUGGCUGAUUCUUCAAGGUCGUUUCGAAGAAGGUGUAAAAGCCCUCGAAUGGCUUCGCCCUGCGCGCCACGAUUCUCGAGCAGAGGCGUCCGCCAUUUUAGCUGCCAUUGAGAAGGAGAAAGAGACAAGUUCUGGCAUAGGAUGGCUCGACAUGUUCAGCAACCCCGUCGAUCGCCGCCGUACUUUCCUCGCCGUCUUCGCCGUCUUACUCCAAGCAGCAUCGGGCUCCAUGUUCAUCAUCGCAUACAAAGCAUACUUUCUCCAGAUGGCAAAGGUGUCCGAUCCCUUCGCCAUGUCUAAUGUCCUGUCCGCCAUCAGCAUAGUGGCCUUCAUCGCAAACUCCUUCAUUGUGGUACGUUACGGGAACAGGCGCGUGCUUCUCAUGACCGGCCUACUUGUCUGCGGCAUCCUCCAACUCAUCAUCGCUGUCGUAUAUCACCAAGCGCCCAACGCGAAGUCAACCGGGAAAGUUACAGUUGGUCUAACCGCCAUCUACAUGUUCAGUUACAACGGCAUGAUAUCAACUUACGCCUGGCUCUCUGGUGGCGAACUCCCUAAUCAGCGUCUGCGCUCCCAUACAUUUGGUCUGGCUGCCAGUGCCGGUUUCGUGGGCGCAUGGCUCACUACAUUUACCGCACCAUACUUUAUCAAUCCGCAGUCUAUGAAUUGGGGGCCGAGAUAUGGUUUCAUUUGGGCGCCGUCUUGUGCAAUUGCUGCUACAUGGGUCUUCUUCUUCCUUCCUGAGGUCAAGAAUAGGACAUUAGAAGAGAUUGAUGAGAUGUUUGAGGCUAAGCUACCUGCGAGGAAAUUUAGUAGUUACAAAUGUGUGGGCGCUGCAAGGCACGAUGAUGAGGGCAAGGGGAGGAGCAGUGUGGAGAAGGAAGUUGCUGUGUUCCAAAAUGAGAAGGUUGCUGUUGAGACAAGUGUGUCGAGGGAUUAGAUCAGUGUACGGUGAGUGUGUAGACAACCGUCAAGAGUGUGUAGGUAUAGGUGC